GGUGGAGAUGGAGUUCUCAAAAUCACUCGAGGAGCUCUUGUUGUUAUGAAGGCACACAGAUCUGGUACUUUAUAUAUUUUGCAGGGAUCUACUGUGACAGGUGCUGUUGCUGUUUCAACAUCAUCUUUAUCAUAUACAGACAUCACCAAAUUAUGGCAUAUGCGUUUGGGGCACAUGAGCGGAAAAGGUUUGGACAUACUAAGCAAAAGAGGACUUCUGUGUGGACAAAGUACCGGUCCAUUGGAAUUCUGUGAACAUUGUAUUUUUGGGAAGCAGAAAAGAGUCAGCUUCAGUUCACCAGCAAUUCACAAGACAAAAGGUACUCUUGAUUACAUUCAUUCAGAUCUAUGGGGUCCUUCUCGUGCUCCUUCUAAAGGUGGUGCCAGGAAUUGUUCGACAUCACACCGUCAGAAUGACGCCUCAACAAAAUGGUGUGGCCGAACGUAUGAACAGAACGCUUUUGGAGAGAGCAAGAUGUAUGAUCUCCAAUGUAGGAUUGACAAACGACUUUUGGGCAGAGGCGAUCAAUAUGGCCUGUUAUAUUGUCAACCGUUCUCCUUCUGCAUCUCUUGAUUUCAAAACUCCUGAGGAAGUUUGGUCAGGUACUCCU